AAUAGAUCAAUUUCAUGAAGUGUGUAAUUGCUUAUAAUUGUUAUUGUGAUACUGUGAACUUAGUUUAACGUUGAGAUGAAUUCUUUAGCAGUUUAUUCUCUUUUCUUGUUACUCCCUGUAUAUGUGGUUUGUGCUUCGGAUUAUAAUGUAUAUAUUCUAAAAACUCCAUACAAUUUCAAAUUCAAAGUGAAUGAUGUACUGAACAUGGAUAUUGCAAUGCUCAAUAUACCGCCGAAUGUGUAUUACUUCUCUGUUAAUGCUGGCGAGAAAAGCGUAAUAAACAAAUUUGAAAUCUCACGUUGGGAUAUAUGGCAUAUUAUAAUCGAUACAAUAGCGACGCAAAACUCAUAUCAUUCUAUUCAAUUGCUACUUUUUGAAAAGUACGACUCUAACUAUGCAUGUACCACCGUGAACAUAGCCCAAGGACAACCGAAAAAUAGCUUGCGAUCCAUUUCAGAACAAAACGAAACCGACGACUGUUUAAAUGACAAACAUUGUACGAUUGCUGUGGAUUUUCGAAAUUCUUGUACAAGUAAGUAGCUCAUCAUCUCCCGA